AUGAACUUAUCCGACCACAGCAACAGCAUGUAUGCAGAGACAUAUUUUUGCUACGAAUCAGUGAGUGGGUCAUGCAAGAAGUUUGUCCGAUCACUAAGUCUUCAGUUCUCCAUGCUUGCGUUCAUGGGGUUAACUAUACUGGUCACCAUGAGUGGGAACCUUUUGGUCAUCAUGGCAAUAUCGCACUUCAAGCAGUUGCACACCUCCACAAAUGGACUGAUCCUCUCUCUAGCGGUGUGUGAUUUCCUCCUGGGGGCCCUGAUCAUGCCCUGCAGUGCCAUGCGCUCCAUCCAUGGCUGCUGGUUCCUGGGUGAUCUGGCUUGCAAGCUCCACACCAGCACUGACAUCAUGCUGAGCACGGUUUCUAUCUUCCACCUUUCUUUCAUCUCUAUUGAGCGCUACAUUGCCGUCUGCUCCCCACUAAUGUAUCAAUCUGUGAUGAACUCUGUGACAACUUUGCUAAUGGUCAUAACCAGCUGGCUUGUACCUGCCGCCUUUGCCUUUGGAAUGAUCUUCUCUGAGCUCAACUUAAAGGGCAGUAAAGAUUUCUACAAAACAAAUGUGUAUUGUUAUGGAGGCUGCCCAGUAUUCUUCAGCCAAGCAUCUGCCGCAUUUGCCUCUAUGUUCUCUUUCUUCAUCCCUGGUCUGAUCAUGUUUGGCAUUUACAUGAAAAUUUACAAGGUUGCCAGAAGUCAAGCCCGAUCAAUUAAAGGCCAGACACAGCAGUUCAGGGUAGAAAAUUCUAAUGGGUCCAGAGUUUCAAGACAACGAGAGAAAAAAGGGGCAAUAAUCCUGGCAGUAGUGGUUGGAGUAUUCCUCAUCUGCUGGACCCCAUUUUUCUUUUGCAACAUGAUUGACCCUUUCAUUGGCUACACCAUCCCACCUACACUGGUUGAUGCUCUGGUCUGGUUUGGUUACAUGAACUCGAGUUUCAACCCUCUAGUUUAUGCUUUCUUUUACUCUUGGUUUAGAAAAGCACUGAGGAUAAUUAUCACAGGAAAGAUCUUUUACAGAGAUUCCUGUCGAAUGAGACUGUACUCUGAAUGA